AUGGACUCUAUGGAAGAAUUAAAAUAUGUGUUUGACUACAGUGAAGAUUUUGAUUUCAUUAGAGAGGAAUCUUUCCAAAAUAGUUGUAAUGCUUGUUAUACUCAUUUUUAUUAUCUUAUAGGUAGUUUUCAUUAUACUUUAAGUGGAAAAACAAAUAUGAACAAUGGACUGGAAAUAUGUGUAGAGAAUAUACUAAAAAUGAUAAAGAACAUCAUCCUAAAAAUAUCGUAG